AUGGCUCGUACUAAACAAACCGCUCGCAAAUCUACCGGUGGCAAGGCCCCGCGUAAGCAGCUCGCCACUAAAGCUGCGCGCAAGAGCGCACCGGCAACGGGCGGUGUUAAGAAACCCCAUCGCUACAGGCCCGGCACCGUCGCUCUCCGUGAGAUCCGUCGCUACCAAAAGAGUACCGAGCUCCUGGUUCGCAAGCUUCCCUUCCAACGCUAUCCACCGCUUUUGGCAUGGACCAAGCGCUUAGUCGGCGCGGCGGGCGAGGUGCGCUUCCGGAGUCGCUUUGUGCCGCAU